AUGUCCGAUUUAAAAUUAAGAUCACCUGAAUAUUUCCAAAAUAAUGAAAAUUGGAGCUUACUUGGCUACUUAGAAUAUCGCAAGACUAUGGGAGAUUUUCGAUCAAAUAAAGCAGACGAGCACUUCUUUUAUGUCAAAAAUCUAGAGUAUAUAGCUAAAAAACACGAAAAUAAGAAACAUUGCGAAAAAGCAAAGAGGGUACGGCCUAUUGACAUGUCGCGACAAAUGAUUACGGUUGUUUGUUGUCAAGCUACGGGCAUGGCAUGUUCCGCUCAAUCAUCUAAUCAAAAGCUUUCAUCAGUAAAUUCGUUUUGGUUAUCGAUUUACCAGAAUAACUACGAGGAAAGAAUCGAACUUGAAAAGUUACGACAUGCCGAAAGUACAAUACGUGCCGUAAAUGAAGAAACAGAAGAUGUUCGUUUAGUUUCAUCUUCUGAAACUAGGUUACUAUUAAAACGUAAGAGACAAGAUGACAUUAAUUUUGAUAAAGGAGCUGACAAACACAAAACUCUGGAAAAUAAGAUACAAACCACUAAUAGAACAGUAGUGGAAGGGUCCUCUUCUAAUUCCCUUUCUGUGACUUCUUUAAUGCAACCAUCUAAUAAUGAAUCUCAAGCAUUAAAUGAAGAAACUGAUAGCGAAAUAAAUUCUAUUGAUGAAAUUUCACCUGAUUCCUGUACGAAUGUUUCCUCUGAGACUUCUCUUUCUCAACAAUCUCAUACAGAUACUACCAAAGUAAAUUCAUCUUUGACAUCAACAAAAGAAUUUGAAGAAGCGUACACUAAAUUAGAUCCAAAUUGCAUGUGGACGCUUAAAAGCGGACGAAAGGUAGAAGAAGUAAUCUAUCAGUUUGCUAGAAAUUUGCCUGGAGAAACUUGCUUACAUUCAUUUAUAAUAAAUGAUGCUCAUGCUGAUGUUAAAUCUUUAUUCUCUGAUGUUGAAUGGGAAGAAAUUACUGUUUUGGAAGUUAAAAAAAAUCCAAACCUCGAACGCUCUCUUCGAGAAUUAAUGAUAAAAUACACAGUUAGAAGUGUCAAGGAAUUGCGGAAGAUCAUCUAUGAUCCGUUUAUAUCAGAUGGUAAUGAAUUUGAUAAAAGUCUUCAUCAUGAUUUCGAUUUUAUCAAUUAUGCGUACAGGAGUAUGCUGUUUUUAUGGGAUCGAGAAGAAAAUCCUUUUGAUUCUUCGAAGUUAGAAGGAUGGUAUGAAAUGAAUAUUUGGAGCAAAUUGAUCGAUCCGACAUUUUACAAUAUUAACAUUGAUUUAGUGCGUGGAGAAGCCAUGAGCUGUGCUUCGAGUGACAGAAAAAAUUUUAUAAGAACGAUUAAUGACCGAAAAAAAAUCGGCCGUAAAGGGGAUGGGGUUUUUAGGUUGCGUGGGGAUCGCCUGGAAUUUGGUGCUAUAGAGGCAGGUCGUAAAUGGGAAGGACAAAAUGGAACUAAAUACUUGAAUGAUUCCUUAAAACUAAAUAAAAUGAUGAAGGACAUGAUUGCACAGCUCAUUACUAUAUGUGAUGGAAGAGAAGAACUUGUUAGAAAAUUGGAAGUUAUCGGGAUUCUUCAUGGAGCCAAUAGAAUUCAAAUAAUCACGAUGGAUUAUCCGAAAGGAUAUAUUUCUCGUGUCAAACAUUGGAAGUUCUAUGAAGUUUCCGGACGUCUAACUAAAUCCAAUCCACUUGCUUUAGUCUUGAAGGAAAUAUUAUGCGCAAAAGCUAUUAUUCUACGAACAUUAGACCUGAUAAACCAAAAAGAUGAUGUUAAUCUUGAAAAUUUCCUUAACGACUCUGAUGAACAGGAUGGGUACCAUACGCCUCCUUCCAAAGUUAAUACAACUCCUACGUUCGAGACUCCGAAGACAGCAAAAACCAAAAGUGCAAUUAAUAAAAAAAAUUGA